UAUGUGUUUGUGUUUAUGUGGGCUCAUAUUGCCCCACCCUCCCAGCUGACUUCAACAGGGGAGGUUCAUAGUAGAUCGAAUCAACGGGCGUCUGGCAAACCUCGUCAGUCGUUAUCUGUACUCGCCCUAGGUGACAGUGAAAUCGUUUGUUGCUGAACCGUCGCUGGAUCGAGACGUUAACAAUGGUUGAGGUGGAUUUGUACGUGGCUAUGGCCGUCGGUGCCAUAGUCCUACUACUGUAUCACUACGGCACGAAGAAAUAUGAAUACUUCCUGACGAAACCAAUUCCGGCCUUGAAGCCGACAUUCUUACUCGGGAAUACCGGUCCGAUGAUGUUCCGCCGGCGGGAUGUGUGCUCGCACGUGAAGAUACUCUACAAUUCGUUCGAAGGGUUCAAGAUGGGCGGGUUCUACGAUUUUAUGAAGCCAAUCUUCAUGCUUCGUGAACCAGAAGUAAUCAAGCAGAUCACAGUCAAGGACUUUGACUACUUCAUGGAUCACACGCCGACCAUGACGAACAGCAACCCGGAAGACGAGGUCGGAGGAGAUAGUCUGUUCGGAAACUCUCUGUUCGCUCUCCGUGGACAAAAGUGGCGGGACAUGCGGGCGACGUUGAGUCCGGCCUUCACCGGAAGCAAGAUGCGGCACAUGUUCGAGCUGGUGGCGGACUGUGCUCAGUCUAUGGCGGAGUUUUUCAAGGCGGAGGCCGCAGCGGGAAAGACGCUGGAGUACGAAAUGAAGGAUACGUUCUCGAGAUUCGGGAACGACGUGAUUGCGACGGUGGCAUUCGGGAUCAAGGUGGAUUCGUUGCGUGAUCGCGAAAAUGAGUUCUUCACAAAGGGCAAAGCUAUGCUGAACUUCCAAUCGAUAAAGGUGUUGUUCAAAUUUCUAUUUUUGCGAGCUUUUCCCACCGUUUCACGCAAGCUCGGGGUAGAUUUUGUGGAUUCCACGUUGACGGAGUACUUCAAAGGAAUGAUUGUGGAUAACAUGAAGCAAAGAGAAGCACAUGGAAUAAUGCGGAACGAUAUGAUCCAGAUGAUGAUGGAGGUUCGCAAGGGAUCGCUGAGGCACCAGAAGGAUGAAAAGGAAACGAAAGACGCUGGAUUUGCCACGGUUGAAGAAUCCAAAGUCGGAAAGUCUACCAUCAAUCGGGUGUGGACUGAAAACGAACUUAUCGCGCAGUGUUUCCUGUUUUUCUUGGCAGGAUUUGAUACGGUGUCUACCUGCAUGACAUUCCUAACGUACGAACUUAUGCUUAAUCCAGAUGUUCAGCAACGCUUGUACGAUGAAGUCAUGGAAACUGACGAAUCACUGAGCGGAAAGCCGUUGACAUAUGAGGUGUUGCAGAGGAUGGAAUACAUGGAUAUGGUUGUGUCGGAAGCUUUGCGUAAGUGGCCACCAGCCGUAGUGUCCGAUCGAUUCUGCGUUAAGAACUACAUGUACGAUGAUGGAAAGGGAACGCGAUUCGUCAUCGAGAAGGGUACAACUAUGUGGAUCCCAACGAUCGCUAUUCACACCGAUCCCAAGUAUUACGAAAACCCGGAAAAGUUUGACCCGGAACGUUUUAAUGAACAGAACCGUUCGAAGAUCGAUACCGGAGCUUAUUUGCCAUUCGGUGUGGGUCCUCGGAACUGUAUUGGCUCUCGGUUGGCUCUGAUGGAAGUGAAAGUGAUCAUCUACAACCUGUUGAAGGAGUUUAGCCUGGAAGCGUCGGAGAAGACGCAAAUUCCGCUGAAGAUGUCUAAGAAUAUGUUUGCCCUGCAAGCGGAGAAUGGUGUGUGGCUGGAGCUGAAACCUAGGAAGCAUUGAUACGUUCCAUAACAUUUUGAUACUAUAUGUUUUUCUCGAAUUGAUAA